AUGCAGUAUGUGAUUGCUGAGAGCACUGUAACGGGUACAGCUCUCAGUGCUCUGUCGGCUACACCUGCGGCAGCAACUUGUAGCCCUGCGAGUACGUCUGCUGUGGCGACCACGGUUGAUCGAACGGAAGCCGCUGAGCACUCAACUGAUACCACAGAGCUAACCCAGAAGCCUGCGAGUGAAUACUUACAGCAGAGGGAUCAGCAGAAUGGCCACUGUCAGCAGCAUGCUCAGUCGCAGCAGCGCCCAGGAACUGGGCCUUUGGUUCUUAGAGGACGCGUACAUUACGCCUUUGCUACACGGACUGCUGGCGAAUCAGAUUUGCAGGGAGUGAAGAAUGAAUCGUCAUCUAUGCGCAAGUAUAUGCCCAGCGCGAUCAGUUGCCUUAGCAUUCACAGCAACUACGGCUGUUCCAGCAGCAGUAGAAACGACGGUAGCGAUGCUGGUAGUUGCAGCAUACUUGGCCGCAUAUCGAAGAGCAGUCCAAAUGAUGGAAACACCGAAAUAACGGGCACAAACGGCAGCUGCAGCGGUGGCACUGCAAGGGGCAUUGUUGAUGGCGGCAGUCACAGCGGCAGCAGUAGCAGCAAAGGCUGCAGCGACGGCAGCAACGACAGAAGCAAGUGCAUCAGUAAUGCAGCCAUCAACAGUGGCGAUGGCGGCGAAGACGACAAGACUUCGACAUUGCCAGCAAGCUCAACGACUGGGAGCCAUUCUGCAUUCGUCUCAAAUGAGCUCGGCAGAAGCCCGCGUGAAAGCAGGAGUCCUGGCAAUGCCAAUACUCGCAGCAGCAGCAGUAAUGGGAACAGCAUGAAAGGUGAGACCAAAGGCAAUGCAGACAAACCUACAUUGCCGACUUCUGAUAUUGCAUUGUUACUGCGCGACUACGCAACCUUCGUGCAGCGGACUGAGCGGCAGUUGAAGGAGCUGCUGAAGCUUGAGCAGCAGCAAGAGGGAUCACGUGAAGGUGAUGGACCUCAGCAGAGGCAGCAAAAGCAACCGAGCUUUGCUUACGCGGGCUCAUGGGCCGAGUCUUUUGGAGACGGAAGGGUGUCGGUGCAGCAGCAGGCUCAGCGACAACAGAAACGUGAACAACAGCUCUAUGAGACUGGGAAUUUGCGCCAGUUAAUUACAGAAGGAGCUGUCGUUUGCCAUUCUUUGCAUGCACGGCUUUGCUCACUGCUGCUGAAUUCGCCUGCUGGUGCUGCGGGCGACGAGUUGCUGCUCUCCAAACUGCGCCGCGAUUUCGAGCAGCAGCAGCAGCAGUAUUCGCGGUUACUGCGACUCCUGAACGCUUGUGCUGACCUGUUACGUAAGACUUCCGUUGUAUCGCCUCAGGCGAAAAUAAGCGACUGCAACAGCAACAGCCUCCGCACUGGGGCGCCUUUGGCGGGUGCAGGAAGGAACUCAGCAGGAUCACUGCCCGACGGCGCCCCUGCUCGGAUUGUUUGGCAUGGAAGCCACCAGGGAUCUCCGUGCAGCUUACCGAUUGAUUUGUAUCACUUCGAGGCCCACGGUAGACGGCGCCAGACCGAAGGCAUUUUGUGGGACCCAGAGGGUGGCCAAGUGGCUAGUCCAUCCGUAGGCUCGAAUAGCUGCGGCGUACAGGAUGUAGAAAGCAGAGUCUGGCCGCACAGCUGUGCGGGGAAUCUUCCACCCCUCUUUAUUGGACCUCGAGACGCGCAGAGAGACACUGCAAAUGGUUUUCCCAGCGACGUCUUCUGUCAACGCUCCUCUUUGAUGGAAGUGCAUGAGGACUACGAAACCCAGCAGAUUAUCAGCGAAAGGAAGGAACAACUGCAGCAGCUGCAGCACGUCGAACGCUGCGUUGCUGUGCUGCGGGAUCUGCAGCUGCAUGCUGCAGCAGACGUAGAAAGGGGCUCCCACCUGCUGCAUGCUGCAGAAGAGGAAGUGGAAGCUGCAGCAGAACACACAGCAGUGGGAGUGGGAGAGCUGGCUGGUGCAGCACGCAACAAGACACGUUGGUGGGGUGUACAAGGUGGCGGAGCCGCUGCUCUCGUUGGCGUUAGUGUUGGCGCUGUGGCUGGGGGUCCCAUUGGAGCAGCAGUGGGCGCAAUCGUGGGCGCUGUAGCUGGGAUAUCUUCAGGCGCUGCGCUAAGGGGGAGGCAUCAAGAAAGGAUGAAUGCGAUUGAAAGAUCUACAAGGCGCCGGAGGGCGCAGCGCGCGAAACGCUUCACAGGCUGUGGUGUACCAGCAAGGAACACAAGCACCGGUCAGAGCACUGGAAGUGGCUUCAUCACAUCAGGGGCCCCACAUCAAGCAUUGGAAGCUCAUCCGCGAUUAUCUGUAGGCAGCCGGAGACCCUUAGCUCUCUCGGAGAGGGCCCCACACGCAACUCUGGGAAGCUCUUCUUCGCUGCAAGGACGACCAGUUGUAUCAGAAGGAAGCAGAUCAAGGCCUGGCGGCGGUCCCUUCGUGAGUCAGCCUGCAGAGCUAUGUGUGGGUCAAGCAGAGACGACCGAAAGAGUGCAGGAAAGCCACUCGAGAUGCCGUGGGGGGAGGCGCAGGCCACAGCGGACUAAUCCUCUGUUUGCUACCUUGGGAACGACUCUUGGCGUAUCUGGGCUUUUGCCUAUUGCUCAUUUUCAUCCUAGGUAG